CUCGAAUAAAAUUUAACAGAUAAACGGUUUAUAGAUAAGAUUAAUUUCGCAAAAAAUUUUUGCUAAAUGUUAAUUUAUAUUUUAUUUGCGUAUAUGACACGUCUGUUUACUGAUUAUACGUGAGUGUUCCCAAUUAUAGCCGACAGAGAAAACACCUAGCGUCACAUUGUACAAGCCAGCAUAACUGUCAGAAGACAUCAAACUCCUUUUUGAUAAAUAUUCCUCAAAGUUGAAGCAAAAUCUACCUAAAAAUGAAGACACGAUUUAAUACUUACGAUCUUGUAUGUUCAGUAACUGAACUGCAGAGGCUUAUUGGUAUGCGUGUCAAUCAAAUAUACGAUAUAGAUCACCGAACAUAUCUCAUACGUCUUCAACGUAGCGAGGAAAAAUGUGUUCUUCUACUUGAAUCCGGUAAUAGAAUCCAUACUACAAAUUUCGAAUGGCCAAAAAAUGUAGCUCCUUCAGGUUUUUCUAUGAAGAUGCGUAAACAUCUUAAGAAUAAAAGAUUAGAAAGUCUUAUCCAAGUUGGUAUGGAUCGUAUAGUAAAAUUACAAUUUGGAAGUGGCGAAGCUGCCUAUCAUAUAAUUUUAGAAGUAUAUGAUCGUGGAAAUAUAAUUCUUACUGAUUACGAGAUGGUAAUUUUAUAUGUGUUAAGACCACAUACAGAGGGAGAUAAAAUUAGAUUCGCAGUGAAGGAGAUAUAUCCUUUAGACAGAGCACAUUUCACAACUAUGCCUCCUAUAAAUGUAAUCCAUGAGCAUAUUCAGAAAGCUAAAGAGGGGGAUAGUCUUAAAAAAGUGUUAAAUCCGUUGUUAGAAUUUGGUUCAGCCGUGAUCGAUCACGUUUUACUUAAAGCCGGAUUUAAUCUUGGUUGCAAAAUCGGUAAAGAUUUUAACAUCACUGAAGAUAUGCCAAGAUUAAUUCUAGCACUUGAGGAUGCAAAUAAUAUGGUAGAUCAUGCAAAGAAAAAUAUUUCGAAAGGCUAUGUUAUACAGAAAAAAGAAUCAAAACUAACUCAAGAUGGCAAACAAGAUUUUAUAUUUGCUAAUAUUGAAUUUCAUCCUUUCUUGUUUGAACAAAAUAAAGAUCAACCAUAUAAGGAAUUUGAUUCUUUUGACACCGCAGUGGAUGAAUAUUUUUCUACAAUGGAAGGACAAAAAAUAGAUUUAAAGGCUUUACAACAGGAAAAAGAGGCUUUACAAAAAUUAGAGAGAGUAAGAAAGGAUCACAGUCAGAGAUUGAUUACAUUAGAAAAAACGCAAGAAUUGGAUAAACAAAAAGCAGAAUUAAUUUCGAGAAAUCAAGUCUUAGUAGAUAACGCUAUAUUAGCUAUACAAAGUGCUUUAGCAAAUCAAAUGUCUUGGCCGGAUAUUCAAAUCUUAUUAAAAGAAGCUCAAGCUAGAGGUGAUCCUGUCGCUUCUGCUAUAAAACAAUUAAAACUAGAAACAAAUCAUAUUUCCUUAUUAUUGCAUGAUCCUUAUGAAGACAGCGACGAAGAAUCUGAAUUGAAGCCUAUGAUUAUUGACAUCGAUUUAGCUCAUACAGCAUUCAGUAACGCCAAAAAAUAUUAUACAAAAAAGUCAGCCGCAAAAAAGCAACAAAAAACAAUUGAGUCCCAGGGAAAAGCUUUAAAGUCGACGGAAAAAAAGACAAAGCAAACAUUGAAAGAAGUACAAACCAUACAUACUAUUAAUAAAUUAAGGAAGACAUAUUGGUUUGAAAAAUUUUAUUGGUUUAUCACGUCUGAAAAUUAUUUAGUGAUUGGAGGGAGAGAUCAACAACAGAAUGAAUUGAUAGUGAAAAGAUAUUUAAAAGCGGGAGAUUUAUAUGUUCAUGCAGAUUUAACUGGUGCCAGUUCUGUCGUAAUUAAAAAUCCCAGUGGCAAUCCUAUCCCGCCAAAAUCGUUAGCAGAAGCAGGUACAAUGGCCGUUGCAUAUAGUAUAGCAUGGGAUUCGAAAGUAAUAGCUAGUGCAUGGUGGGUACACCAUGACCAAGUAUCCAAGAGUGCGCCUACUGGAGAAUAUCUUUCUACCGGAUCCUUCAUGAUACGUGGGAAAAAAAAUUAUCUUACACAAAGUCAAUUAAUUAUGGGAUUGGGUAUCAUGUUUAGACUGGAGGAUAGUUCUAUAGAACGACAUAAGGAUGAGAGAAGAGUAAAAACCCUGGACGAAGAAAGUGAAAAAGCAGAUUCAAUAAUUGAAGAUGAUAAGGAAAUAGAAUUAGAAGGCGAUUCAGAUGAAAAUGAAAAUCUAGAUAACAAAGAUAUGUUAAAUCCAAUUCAAGAGGAAGACCAGGAGGGAGAGAAAUCAGAUUCUUAUACUAUUGAUAAUAGUACACUAACUAUUACUAAAGAAGGUGCAUAUGAAGAAAGUGAUAAAGAAGACAUGAAAUAUCAAUUUCCUGAUACACAAAUUAAGCUUGACCUUUCAGGUCCAAAAGUAAAAUUGUACGUUGAUAAUAAUCAACCCUUGAUACAAUCUCAAAAGGAUACAAAAGAAAAUAUAGUUUAUUUAGGAGAUGAUAAACCUGUCAUAGUGAAUACAUCAACUACAGAAAAACAUACAAAAGUAAAAUCAAAAACACACCCAAAAGAACCAAUAGAAAAGAUCGAAAAGAAUGAUAAGAGUGAAAAUGAUAACAAAAAAGGAGAGCAACCUGCAUUAAAACGUGGACAAAAAGGAAAGUUAAAGAAGAUGAGAGAAAAAUACAAAGAUCAGGAUGAGGAAGAUAGAAGACUUUCAAUGCUUGUCUUGCAGUCGGCAGGUACAGCUAAAGAAGAUAAAAGAAAAAAUAGAAUUAAAGAUCCAUCGGGCCCAAAGCAACAAGGAAAGAAAAAAACAAAUCCGAAACCAAAUAUUCCAUCACAACCUGUACAGAUACCAGAUAAUGUUGAUGAUGAAGACAUAGGUCCAAUUCCUGAAGUUGACAUGCUCGAUCAAUUAACAGGAAAACCUUUUUCAGAAGACGAAUUAUUGUUUGCGGUACCUGUAGUGGCACCUUAUAAUACCUUACAAAAUUAUAAAUUCAAGGUGAAAUUGACACCUGGAAUUGGAAAGAGGGGAAAAGCUGCUAAGACAGCUGUAGCUGUAUUUCUCAGAGACAAAGAAAUUUCUUCACGUGAAAAGGAUUUGUUAAAGGCAAUUAAAGAUGAAACAAUAGCUAGGAAUAUACCUGGAAGUAAAAUAAGCGCCCCUCAAAUUCAGAAGCUAAAAAAUAAUGACUUGAAAGAUACUAAUUGUAAUUCUGAUUAGUAC